AUGCUUCGUCGCUUCAGUGCUUUGGGGCUGCAGCCCCGCCGGUGGGGCCUGCAAAAGCUUUCGGCUCGCUUCUGCCUCAGCAUUAACGUGCCGACCAUUGCGGAGUCGAUCAGCUCCGGCAAGGUUGUAGGGUGGACCAAGAAAGUUGGCGACGCCGUCAGCGAGGACGAGGUGAUCUGCCAGAUCGAGUCGGACAAACUCAACGUCGAUGUGCGGGCGCCGGCAAACGGCGUCAUCACGAAGAUCAACUUUGAAGAGGGGGCCGUCGUCGAGGUGGGCGCGGAGUUGUCAACGAUGAAGGCAGGGGAGGCUGGCGGAGCGGCAGCGGCGAAGGAGCAGGCAGCGGCCCCCGCGAUGCAACCACCACCACCACCACCACCACAGCAGCAGCAGCAGCAGCAGCAGCAGCAGCAGUCAUCACCACCACCGCCGCAACAAAAACGGUCUGUAGAAACCCCAGCACCGGCGCCAAAACCUCCGCAAGUUGUGACCACAACGACCACCGGCUCCGACCCACGUGUGCGAAAUGUGCGCAUCUCUUCCAUGCGCCAUCGUAUAGCGGAUCGUCUGAAGGCGAGCCAGAAUACGUGUGCGAUGCUGACGACUUUCAACGAAAUUGAUAUGACUCCCCUCAUUGAGAUGCGUAACCGGUACAAGGACGACUUUUACAAGAAGCACAAUGUAAAGCUGGGAUUUAUGUCACCUUUUGUAAAGGCCUGUGCCAUUGCACUGCAGGAUGUACCCGCAGUCAAUGCCUCCUUUGGUACGGACUUCAUUGAGUACCACGAUUUUGUUGAUAUCAGCAUUGCGGUAUCAACACCACGAGGGCUUGUUGUUCCCGUUCUGCGUGAUGUACAGAAGGCCGAUUUUGCUCAGAUUGAAAGGCAAAUUGCCGACUUCGGGGCGCGGGCAAGGGUGAAUAAGCUGACGCUGGCUGAGAUGACGGGCGGUACAUUCACCAUCAGUAAUGGCGGCGUUUUUGGCUCGUGGAUGGGGACCCCAAUCAUCAACCCACCGCAGAGUGCCAUUCUCGGCAUGCACGCAACGAAGAAGAAGCCAUGGGUGGUGGGAAAUGAGAUUAAAAUACGCGACAUUAUGGCGGUAGCACUGACGUACGACCAUCGCCUCAUUGACGGCAGCGACGCGGUGACAUUUCUUGUGAAGGUGAAGAACCUCAUUGAGGACCCCGCCCGCAUGGUGCUUGACCUCGCGUAG